AUUCGAUUGUCUCCUUGAUGGGAACACACCGAUCCUCGAACGAUUCGUUCUCCCUCUAGUCCUUCCGUUUGGGCUUUGGCUCAAGCACGAUGAAGACGACUCCUGGCGAAGUGAAGCUCUAUACAGCGUUGCUGUUCCUUCUGGCAAGGUCGACCUGGCGUUCUCGCGGGGAAUCAUCGACGUGCUUGAUGGUGUAUAAGGAAGGCGGAGCGCCAGCCGUCUUCCAGUCCCCGAAAUGCCCCCGCUGGAAGCUUCCGGACCACGCUUCCUCCCACCCACGCGCCACCGCCGCCGCCACGCGCUGCCAUGUCGCGAUGCUUCAGGGCCGUCGGAAGUAUCAGGAGGAUCGCGCCUUCUGCGCUGUCGAUGUCCUCAUUCCUUUCCCCGGUAAAUCAGGGCUUGAGGAGGUUACUGUUGGAAUCAUAGCAGUCUUUGACGGACACAAUGGAGCAGAAGCUAGUGAGAUGGCUUCAAAACUUUUAUUUGAAUACUUUGUCUUGCAUACUUAUUUUCUUUUGGAUUCAACGUAUUCCAUUGCGUUGAAGAAGUUUGCUGGAAGAUUGGUAGAGAACGGAGAGCCUGAGGUGGCUUUUCAAGUUCUUAAUUGGGCGGAAGAGUUAAGUCAGCAAGAGCCAGAUCUUUUCAGAUUUAAGGUCUUGUCACCAAUGGGCAUGAAUAAUUAUCCUAGUCACUUGGAUGUUUUGAAAGAAGCACUGUUGAGAGCAAUUCGGGAUAUAGAUGCAAAAUUUUCUAAGUUUUUUUUUUUCUGA